AUGAAAGUUCUCAUUAUUGGUGCCACUGGCUUCAUCGGCCUUCCCGUCGCCCAAGCGUUUGUGCGCGCGGGCCAUAUCGUGUACGGCGUGACCCGCUCUGCUUCCAAAGCUAAACAGCUCGCCGCAGAAGAAAUCAUCCCAAUCAUUGCAGAGACCACCGACCCAUCGCCUUGGCUGCCCUUGAUAGCCACCCUUGAUGUGGUGAUCGAGGCAGUUGGCGGCAUGGAGGUCCGAGUCCUGUCCCAGAAGCUGUUGGAGGCCACCGCGGAGGCUGCGAAGCAAUAUCGUCCACCACACGCGCCGAAGGUGACAUACAUCUACACGUCCGGCACUUGGGUACACGGCGACAACCGCAAGGAGAUAGUUGCGGAUACGACGCCGCUCACGAGUCCGGCAGAGCUCGUCGCGUGGCGGCCAGAGCAGGAACAGCGUGUUGUGGCUCAGACUACCCUCAACGGAAUCGUGAUCCGGCCAGGGCUGCUGUACGGCCGUUCCGCUUCCCUGCUCGGAUUGCUGUUCAAGAAUGCAUACGAGGGCAAGGUCAAGUGGUAUGGCACGCCAGGCGGGCGGUACACGCCGAUCCACUGCGACGACCUUGCCGAGUUGUACCUUCUUGUUGGGGAGAAGUCAUCGUUAAUAGGUGGGAAGAUAUUUGACGCUGUGAAUGACUUCACGGAGAGCGUGGACGACAUCCUGCAGAAGCUGGUCGAGGUAUCGGGGGCCAAGGGUCCGUACGAGUACAUUGCGCCGAGCAAUUUGUUCGAGGUGGCGAUUACCACGACAAGCCUAGUCCGCCCUUACCUUGCACGCACACUAUUGGGCUGGCAACCACGCAAGGCGGGCUUGGUUGACAAUCUGGAGAUCUACUAUAACGCAUGGAAAGCAAGCGAGGGCCUGUAG